CGGACUGACAUGGCCGGGAACUUGGGAAAGGGCGCCGCCGCACUCGGCCGGGCACUGCUACAGGCGGAGAGUCGGCACUGCCAAGGGGUUACACGGGCAGCAAGGAAGCAGCAUGUAAUCCGGUAUUUAAGUUCCUGUGGGAUUUUGGCGUCACAGUGCCCAGCGCUACCCCUCCCGGCAACACCGGCCCAGGUACCAAGGCGCACCUUCCUGAACCUCGCCGCCCCGCUCCUGGGCAGCAAACGCAUUGAGUACUCCGAAUCCAAAGUGCUCGGAUAUUCCAUAGAGCAAAUGUACGACAUUGUAGCGGAUGUGGCCAAUUACAAGAUCUUCGUGCCUUGGUGCAACUGUUCUAAAGUCUUAUCCUGUAAAAAGGGGGUGACGAGGGCAGAGCUGGAGGUGGGCUUCCCCCCUGUGGUGGAGAGAUACGUGUCUGAGAUCUCCGUCAUCCCUCGGCACCAAGUGCGGGCUGUUUGCAGCGAUGGCAGAUUGUUCAGUCACCUGGAGACUGUAUGGAGAUUCAGCCCGGGGUUAUCAGGCCGGCCCGAUACCUGCACACUGGACUUCUAUGUCUCCUUUGAAUUCAAAUCCCUGCUCCACUCUCAGUUGGCCAAUGUCUUCUUCGACGAGGUGGUCAAGCAAAUGGUUUGUGCAUUUGAGAAGCAGGCGGCGCGGAUAUACGGGCGCCAAGUGGUACCCGCGGGCAAGCUCAGGGCUGUGCAAUGACCGGGAAUGUUCCACGGAUGCCCCGCCCACUUCAGCCCCCCCAAAUGAACUGAUGGGAGUUAUACCAAGCCGUGGCUGGAGAAGCAGUGCCCCCCCCCCCCCCCGGGCGCUGUGGGUCAGACCCCCCUUGGCACUAGACAUGUAUCUGCAUACAGGACCACCUCAGCACACUGCACAUACCUCUAUGUUUCUAUUUAUUUAACCGGACCACUUUCAAUUGUUUAAAUUUAUUUAAAUUGUUUAAAUUAUUUUGUAAAUGUUGAAUAUUUAAAAAAGAGCCGGAGUCCCGUCGUUACAAUGGCGGGGGAGGCGGAGCUCUUGUGUAUGUUUCAAACACCAGCCUAAUGUACAUAAUAUUUUAGAAGAUUCUCAUUUUAAGGUGUAAAAUAAAUGUAUGUUUAUAGU